AUGGGUGGCUUGCAUGCUGUCGAAGACCGCCCUACGCCCAAGGAGGUGUACAACUGGAGAUUGUAUACAGAAGCUUUGAUCAUUGCGACCGGAUCCUUGCUCUUCAAGAGCGACUUCGGAAUUACAAAAGCUACGGCUGCCGGCAUCUCGAGCAAUAUCACCUCUGCGUUCCAAGCAGGAGCCUUUNUUGGCGCCCUCUUCUGCUACUUCCUCACCGAGCGUGUCGGCCGUAAAUGGGCUCUUCAGGCAAACGUCGUAGUGUUUAUUGUCGGCGCCGUGUUGAUGACUGUGGCCACUCAUCAGCUUUCAUUCAUUUNNGUAAGAUACCCAUGCCUUCCAGCACGGCUCAACUGA